UCGGCAAAGAAAGGAAAAUGUCACGAACAUGGAGUUUCAGACAUAGAAUAUUAGAAAAUCGUUUGCUAUAAGAAAGGAAAACGAUUUUUUUUCGUUGUUUAUAAUUGGGUGAUACUUUUGACAGUGACGAAUUGCUAAUCUGAAAACGAUAUUUGGAGGCCACAAAACGGCAGCAUCAACAAUUUUCGGUGGUGGUGAGGCUCGUAAGGCCGUCCCCACUAUUAUCAUGGAUGGUGUCAACAGAGAUCCCAAUAGCCUCUCCGAAUAUUUACAGCAAUUGCGGGAUGACCUGCGGAUGGUGGAUGUUCCCAUAAAGCAGCUGAAACGGAUGGAAUCGCCUCCUCCAACACCCAUUCCCUCUGGACCUUACCUAACCACCGUGGAAUUCGAUGACGUCAUAGCAGAGCCGGAGGGCACAUACUCGCCAAGUUGCGUGUGGAGAAACGCCAAAUACAUUUUCUCUUGUUCUAAGAACUGCUGCUACCGAACCCUGUCCUUAGUGUGUGCUUUACCCAUAGCUCUAAUUGUCGGAUGUAGUUUCGCAUGCAUAACAUUUCAACACGUAUGGUGCAUAGCCCCAGCACUACGACAAUUCAACAUAAAUUGUCACGCAGUUCGUAUGUUUUUAAGGACAGCAUUGGACGCAUGUUUAGGACCCUGUUGUACAACGUUAGGUCUUGUACUGAGUAAAAUUAGGAUAAGCCAACAUACAGAUAAUACACGACAUGUAUGACACCAACGUGCAGAAUUGCUUUAUACUAAUAUCUCAAUGUAUAUUGGAUUUGUUGAAACUCAGAUUGAAAAAGAUUAUGACUCAGAUUCGGAAGAAGGACAUGUUGAUGGAUAUAACGCCAAAAGUCAUAAAACAUGACGCACAAUUUCUCCUCAUUUAUUGCUUGAUUGUGAAAAAGUAAACUAUUUCUUAUUGAAAUGUCAUACUCAUAAUCAUAAUUUAUUAUUACUGUUAUUUCACAAAUGUUAAGUGCAUAUUAUCUAUUUUCAAAUUAUUAAGACUUGUUACCUAUGUUUUGCUUAAUGGUCUUCAUAAUUCUUUUUUAUCAUGGCAUUCCUAUGUGUUCUUACUAAUUCUUGCUGUGCGAUGGAAAGCAACAUAACUUUCUUUUUCGCAACUGUUUUAGGUGUCAUUAUGUGUCAAAGUUGAUUAAUUCGUAUAACAAGUAUAAAUAUAAUAUUAUAAAGGACAUAUUUCUAUUGAAAAAGCAGAAUAAAUAUGCCAAACAAGCCACCUACACACGUGACAAAGGAAUCAACAUUUAGUGACCUAAGUGAUUUAAGCGCCAACUGAGAGAACAAAUACGAGAGAGAGACAAAAAUUUUGAGAAAAAGAGAGAAAAAAUGACAAGAGGGAGAACAAAUAAGGUUGACUAAUUUAAUGAAUUCAAUUAAAGAAAAAAUUUUGAAACGAAUAUAAUUAUCUUGAGAAAUUUAAAAAUAAUGUAAAAAAAAAUCUAAAAGAAAUUGUUUCUCGUCAGUUAAACUAAAACAAUACCUACACAGUUAAAAUAUUUACUCGAAAAUAAAAACUGUACUUAAUUUUCUUGUUUUUUCUAAUCAAAUCAGCUCCCGUAACUCUGGGCGUUUUAUUAUUGAUUCGUCUUCGUAAACUCUCUCUAACCUUAUUAUAUAAAUCAUCAAUAAUUGUUAUUCACUUCCUAUAGUCAUUUCUAUGUAAAUUUAAUGCACAUAUGUUGUUUUAUGUAUUUAUAUACCUAAAAGUAUCAAUUUUGAUUUUUAUAUGAAAUCUGUAAUAAAAUAUGUGAUUAAA